AUGGCUGCUUUACUGAUCCCACGGAGGAACAGAGGGAUGAGGACUCGCCUGGGCUGCCUGUCUCACAAAUCAGACUCAUAUAAUGAUUUCACAGCUAUUCUUCCGGACAAGCCCAACCGGGCUUUGAAAAGACUGUCAACAGAAGAAGCAACAAGAUGGGCAGACUCUUUUGAUGUCCUUUUGUCUCAUAAAUAUGGGCUGGCAGCUUUCCGUGCUUUCCUGAAGACGGAGUUCAGCGAGGAGAACCUGGAGUUCUGGCUGGCCUGCGAGGAUUUCAAGAAGACGCGCUCGGCAGCCAAGCUGGCCUCCAAAGCCCAGCGCAUCUUCGAGGAGUUCAUCGACGUGCAGGCACCCCGGGAGGUGAACAUUGACUUCCAGACACGGGAGCUGACGAGAAGGAACGUGCAGGAGCCCUCCCUCUCUUGCUUUGACCAAGCUCAGGGGAAGGUGCACAGCCUGAUGGAGAAAGACUCGUACCCCAGGUUCCUGAGAUCCAAAAUUUACACAGACCUGCUGUCUCAGACCCAGAGGAGGCUCAGCUAG